GGUAGGCAGCAGAAAAUACGCAGAGAACUCUGCCAUAGUGCUGCUCCCUCAGUCUUUCCAGCUGGGAGGCCAGGGAUCGCAGCUGGUCCAUGUCAGAGGGGAAUGACAGGGGAGGCCUGGGGAUUAGGAUGGGCCAUGUUAUAUACUCUCCUUCAUUCGUUGCUUGAUAUCAUGAAAUAGUUCUCCCUACUUCAAGCUAUUAUAUAGAGAGGCGGCCAGGGCAUACAGAGGCACAGUGGCAGCUACAAAAGUCACCAACACACCCACCAGUUCUCUUAGCAUCCUCUUUAGCGCGUAUCAUACCCCUAGUGCGCCUGCGCGAAAAAUAACCGCCCACUCGUGGAUAAUGGCAGCGGCGCGGGAGAAAGACGCUGACGUUCGUCACAGGCAACCCCAAGAAGCUGGAAGAGAAUACCGACAGCCUCAGACCUCCCAAUGGCCAUGAGGUACCGCGUCCUCCAGAAGACGUACAAACAGAUGGUUGGAGUGUACCAGUCCUACAUCCAUGGACUGGGGCUGUUCUGCCGGAGAGACAUUGAGGCUGGGGAGAUGGUGAUAGAGUACGCCGGCACCGUCAUUAGGUCCGUCCUCACGGACAAGAGAGAGAAGAUGUAUGAUGCCAGGGGCAUUGGUUGCUACAUGUUCAGGAUAGAUGCAGAUGAUGUAGUGGAUGCUACGAUGUCUGGCAACGAGGCCAGGUUUAUCAACCACUCCUGUGAGCCAAACUGCUAUUCAAAGGUGAUAACAGUGGAUGGACAGAAGAAGAUAAUGAUAUUUGCUCUAAGGAGGAUCGUACCAGGUGAAGAGCUGACGUAUGACUACAAGUUUCCUCUGGAGGAGGCCAAGAUACCUUGCAACUGUGGCACUAAACGAUGUCGCAAGACCAUGAACUGACCACACCCCCUUCUCAGUGAACUGACCACACCAUCUGACCACGCCCCCUCUUCUAGAACUGACCACACCCCCUCAAUAUGAUGCUUUCUCUCUACUCUUUCCCUCUCUCUCAGUCUUUGAUGCACAAGGUUUGGUGGCUGGUACUAUAUUAUGGCCGUUUUUCCCCUUCUCUCUCACCAAUUUAUCACCAAAAAAUCUAUUAUCCUUGUGGAAUUUUUGUUACAUUUCACCUUAUAAACCCUUCUGCAAUUUUAUUUCAAAGUGAUAUAUACUAUUGUUUGACCAGUUCAAACCAUUCUCUGAAAAGUGUCUGCCUACACGAGGAGGAAUAUUAUGUUUGCAUGUUAAUGCAUACUAACCGGCC